AUGUGUUCUGGUUUGCCUCCUACAGCACCUGCUGCAGCGCUCCUUGUCAACUCCUGCGUCAUCGCCAUCCGCUCCAUCCUCUCCAAGUUUGUGACGGGAGACGAGUUAGGCAAGGUGUCAGCAGUGAUGGGAGCUCUGGACGGCGCCAUCGCUAUGGUCAUCUUCUCUCUCUACACCGCCAUCUACCACGCUACCGUACACGUCUUUCCCGGUGCUCAGUUCUUCUUCGGUGCUGCAGCUAACCUCCUCAUGACCUGCAUAUUCAUCUUCAUCAUAGCUUCGUCCACCUCAAGAAGCUAUAACGUGGACGACCUCAAGUCCGAGGAAGGUUCCAGUGCUGUGAAGCCCAUGUCACUGAGAUUCGUCAGCGAGCGUCUCAAUCACCAUGUCUUGCCAUCUACUGGCAAACCUUUGGAGCCCUUAGACCUGGAUGCCCAGCGGACCUCCCUCGUCCUUUCCGACGUCAACUUCCACAUUGCAACACCCUGCAGAAAAAAGAAGGUCCAGAGGCCACCAAACAAACACUUGGGUGCCAACAACUCUGGUCUUUUCAUUGUUAGUGAAAAUUCGGACUUCGAAAGAAAAGCCGUCGAAGACGAACUAACUUUCCCGCAGAAACACGUACCGAAGAUUCUGCUGGAUUCUAAGAGGAAAGAAACUACUGGAGUGGAUAAUUCCACGUUCAGCAGUCAAGACGUCGAGACUGUGGUUCUUGACGGGGAAGUGAAAAAAAAACCAGUGAUUCUCAGUCCGAGUUCUCUUGUGUUGACAAGUGACUCAAAGUAAAGAACCUGUGAGUGUAAGCAAAUUCCUUUACCAGUGUUCUCUUGUGCUGGUAAAAGUUUGUGGAAAACUUCAUUUUAUGAGGGGCCUCGAUUACUGUCGUGAUGACAGGCCCAGUAUAGACAUUGAUGAUGAUAAUCCUGUGAUAAUUAUUAUAAUUCUCCUGAUAUGGCUGUGCGUUGUAGUACUGCCACCAGUAUUAGUACCUAUCAGACUGGUAUGAAGCUAACAUACCAAGGCAUAAAGUACUCAUAUACUGAAGCGAAGUAUCGACAGUAUCAACAGUCUUGAUUUACGCAUCCGUGAGGGUGUCGUACGCACCAGUAUUACUGACUUAACAAUGCUGACGUGUAUGCCGUUAACAGUAACUAAAAUCAAGAUUACACUGAGACAUCUAUCGUCAAGAUUGGUGCUAAGGUAUCGUUAAUACUGUAAACAUUACAUAAGAAAUUAUUAGUUUUCAUUACUUGUUUAUAACAGAAUAAUGGACGAACAUCAUUAAUAUAAAGGUGAUAAUUAUUUACAAAAUGAGAACUAAAUAUACUUUUAUUUUAAGAAAAUUGAAAAAUAUAUGUUCAUGCGAAACUUAUUAAUAUAAAUAGUGCAAAACGAAAUUUACAGGAGAGCACAGCACUGCCCUUGCCCAGCUCACAAAUGUUUA